AUGCCUUCUUCUAAGAAGCCUGGUGUCCGUUUGGCGAAGUACGAAAAAUUGAUCUCCAGAUUCUUCGAGGCCUUGAUACUGGCAUCUUUGGUCAAAAAGUGCCACGGCUCACAUGUCACGAUUAGACACGACCUCUCCACAAUCGUCGGCAUCAAGCGGAGGUUUCUCACGAAUCUUGCGUUUCUGUGCGACUGCACCAAAGGAGGACCGAGCACCACUGCGAUUUCUGUUGAGAAUCGGCAAGAUUGCUUUGUGAUGUGGCUCGCUUCAAAUGAGGGAGUGUCUCCCAAGAUGACCUCAUUUGUCGAGUCCGUAUUAAACGACCUUCGCGCAGUACCGAGCAUGGGAGAGAGGCAGAGCCUAGAAGCGUCUCUUUUGCAAAGAACGGCUGUGUUCGCCCAUGCCAGGGUUUUCAAAGAAUGGAAGAUGCUCGUGAGAUUAGCCGGCAAGGCGCUGACUGUUCUGGCUGAGGUGGCACAUCAAGACACUGCCCUUCAAGAAUGGCUGAAGCAAUUCCAGCUUCGCCGGGACCAGACUCCCAUUUCUAUUUGUCGACUCGCCUAUGAAAUUCGCCAGGACGAACAAAUACACAACAUCGAGGUCUUGCACAAUUCGUUGAACGACACCUCGGGUCCCGAUGUAGUCAAGCACCUGAAGUGGGUCGCUCACUUCGUCGGUCGUCUUGCUGCUCGUGUGAGAGCCGUCAAGCACCUCAUGGAUGACGCCGCCCGCUUGGAGCACGAUCUGGAGAACCCUUGGAUGGUGAAAGCGGUACCUCUACCACAAGCCACUUCCGUUCCUGAAUCGGAUAAGCACACAAAUCUCCGGGGCAUCCUGAAUCGGAUGAUGGAUGCCAGUGAUCCGGAGCGUGAACGUCUCUUCACCUGCAUCGAUAAGAUGGAUCAAGCCUACUCGCUGAUGGAAGCAAUUCUGUCAAGACAUGCUGAUGGUAGCAACCCCUUGAAGCCAGUCAUUCAUUGUGAGAUUCAGCUCAUCGAUCACUUCCAUGACCACCAGCUGUCCUUUUGGGAAGAGAAUCCAUACGUCGCAUGCAGCAAGCCGACCUGUCUCUUGUGCAGGCUGUACAUGAAGCACCACCCCAUCCCAUUUGAAGAGACUGAUUCUCACAACAAUAUUCCCACCAACUGGAGUCCGGCCUUCCUUCCCUGCGGUAUCAAUGAUUCUAGGUUCAUAUGCCAGCGGAACACCCUGAAUGCCGUUAUCAGAGCCAUUCGUGGUCCGAUCUUAGUGCAAAUAGGCAGAGCGAGCUGCUCUAGCACAUUUCAUGCCGAUUCUCUAGAUCAGAUCACGCAACCUGACUACGACCCUUUUGACCACCUGGACUCGGACAGCACCUCUCUGACGGAAGUCGAGGACUAUGCGUGGCCAACUGGACUUGGAAAUCUCGGUCUGUAUGAGCGUUUCGAGCUGCUCAAGUACUCAAGCUGA